GAAAACCCUUUUACCCUUAUAUACUCUUGUAUAAGAAGCAUUACAUGCAACUAUAAAAAUUCAAGCCAAAUAACUACUCUUUCCCACUCUUCCUAUAAGCAUUUUUGAUCCUUCAUCUUAAUUACCAAUUCUAUUAUCUACUUGUCUACCCAAGAAAAGACAAUCAACAUGGUUUAUGAAAAGGGAUUGGAGAAUGGCAAUCAUGUAUUUGAGUUGAAAGUGAAUCAAGUAGGAGAACCAACAAUGGUUCAACCAGAAAAGGAGACACCAAAAGGGUUUUACUUUCUUUCUAAUUUAGACCAAAACAUAGCAGUAAUUGUACGUACAGUUUAUUGCUUUAAGUCACAAGAGAAGGGAAAUGAGUUGGCUGCACAAGUGUUAAAAGAUGCACUUUCCAAGGUGUUGGUGCACUAUUAUCCUUUGGUUGGAAGGCUAACCAUUAGCCCACAAGGGAAGCUCAUUAUAAACUGCGACGGAGACACUGAUGGCGCGGUGUUCGUCGAGGCGGAGGCGGAUUGUAAUAUGGAUGAGAUUGGGGAUUCUACUAAGCCUGAUCCUAUUACUCUUGGAAAGUUGGUUUAUGAAUUUCCUGGUGCUAAAAAUUUGCUUGAAAUUCCUCCUCUUGUUGCUCAGGUGACAAAGUUCAAGUGUGGAGGUUUCGCAUUAGGAUUGUGCAUGAACCAUUGCAUGUUUGAUGGGAUUGGAGCUAUGGAAUUCGUCAACUCAUGGGGCGAAACUGCACGGGGUCUAGCCCUCAACACGCCCCCCUUCCUAGACCGAAUGAUCUUGAACGCACGCGAUCCACCAAAAGUCGAGUUCAAACACCAAGAAUUCGAUGAAAUCCAAGACAUAUCCGGCACCAAUGAUCUAUACGCCGAGAAAAUGCAAUACCGAUCCUUUUGCUUCGACAUGAGCCAACUCGAAAGGCUCAAGGCGAAAGCGAUGGAAGAUGGAACCCUCAAGAAAUGCACCACAUUUGAAGCACUCUCAGCAUUUGUAUGGAGGGCAAGGAGCAAAGCACUUCAAAUGAAGCCUGAUCAAAAAACAAAGCUACUCUUUGCGGUUGAUGGAAGGCCUAAAUUUAGCCCUCCUUUACCAAAAGGGUAUUUUGGGAAUGGAAUUGUGCUUACUAAUUGUAUUUGCCCUGCUAGUGAGUUAAUCGAAAACAAUCUCUCUUAUGGUGUAGAGUUGGUGCAAAAUGCUAUUAAAAUGGUUACCGAUGAUUAUAUGAGGUCAGCUAUAGAUUAUUUUGAAACAACAAGGGCAAGACCGUCAUUAAGCUCGACUCUUUUGAUUACAACAUGGUCAAGAUUGUCUUUUCAUACUACUGAUUUUGGAUGGGGUGUACCCGUUCUAUCUGGGCCUGUUGCAUUACCUGAAAAAGAAGUUACAUUGUUUUUGUCUCAUGGAAAUGAGAGAAAAUCUAUUAAUGUGCUCUUGGGAUUGCCUGAUUCUGCCAUGCAAAGCUUUGAAGAACAAGUGAAAGAAAUCUAAUUAAAUUAUAUAUAUACUUCAUAUAUCAAUUUAUAUGGAAUUAUCAGUUAAUUAUAUUUAUAUUAUUGUUUUUUUAUGAGUAUGUGCAUUUUACAAUUUAUUAUAUGAUAUUCGUUUGUAUGAACUUAUAGUACUCUAUAAUAUUAUUUGCACCUUGUGUCAUAUGUAGUACAAAUAUUUAUUGAUAUUUGUAUAAAAAGCACAAAUUUAGG